CACAUCGCCUGUUUUUUUCAGAGCUCGCCGCAGAACCACACACAACACAGCCCGUCAUGUCAUCGAACGCCGCCGAGAAGCAGGCCCAGCAGAAGCCCCCGGCGUUGGCCGCGGACCCGGAGAUACAGAAGGUCUUCUCCCGCUUCGACAUCGACCGCGACGGCCGGAUCUCCCCGUCCGAGCUGGCCGCGGUGUCGCGCGCCAUCUCCCCGCCGCCCAGCUCCUCCCACGGGGUGCGCGAGGUGGCCGCCAUGAUGGACGAGCUCGACACCGACCGCGACGGCCUCGUGGACCUCGGCGAGUUCGCCGCGUUCCACGGCCGCGGCCGCGGGGACGGCGAGCUCGAAGCCGAGCUCCGCGCCGCCUUCGACGUCUACGACGUCAACGGCGACGGCCGCAUCACGACCGCCGAGCUCAGCAAGGUCCUCGCGCGGAUCGGCGAGGGGUGCAGCACCGAGGAGUGCGAGAGGAUGAUCGCCAACGUCGACGGCGACGGCUCUGUCGGCUUCGAGGAGUUCAAGAAGAUGAUGUCCCGCGAAUGCGCCGAAGCCACCGCCACCGCUGGCGGCCCUGACAACGCCAAGAAGGAGUGACUGCAUUCCCAUGGCCGCUGCGAGAAUGCAUCAAUUAGCUGAUCCAGGCCCGUUGGAUUUUUCCAUGGCAUUCCCAACAUGUCUCAUGUAUGUGAUUUCGCUGUUUGAGGCUUUAAGCCACAGGAUUAGCACGGAAGAAAAAAAAUCCUACAGAUACUGAAGCUCUUGUUUUCAGAUGAACUUCAUCUGAUUUCUAGUGGUUUACUCCUACCUUUUUCCAGAUUUCAGUGGAGCAUUUGAUUCUUUUUGACAACUUCUGUUAAA